AUGAUGCAGGAUUUCCGGCAUGAGUACAAGGUUGAGAACCGAUACAAACAAGGAUCUCAGAUGAUGGAAUGGGUUUUCAAACUGUUCCCAGAGCAUUUAUUGUUCUUUGGGUUCAGUGAGCAAGAUGGGACCUACAUCUUUGUGCAUGACUUCAGCAAGUUUGAACCAAAGAAGUUUACUAGACCCAAAAUGGAAGAGGAUUGGUUGACUUUCAUGUACUACUCCCAUAUUCUCUUCUUUCCAGAUUUUGAAUCCAUUCGCAAAGGGAUCAUUUGUGCUUGUGAAUGUGAGCAGAUGGAUUUGAGAAAAGAUGUCAACAAACUUUUUGGCAGAUUCUUUUCAGAGUUUCUGACCCACUACCCGUUUGACGGGGAAUGCAGGUUCUUUAACACUGGAGCCAUGGUCAACAUCUUUGCUUCCAUUCUAAGGAAAAUCCUGCCUCAGAAUCUGCGAAAUAAGUUUACAGUCGGGUACAAAAUGGAAUGCCAUCUUUCAGAAACAUUUCUUGUUCCCAAUGUGGAAGCAGCCAAUGCAAGGAUGCUUGGCAGAAUGAAGGAGAGCUUAGGGCUACGGUACAAGCAUGAGGCAGCCUUUACGUUAUGCUAA